AUGCUUGUCUUCGAUCGUUUUGGAAAGAUUUGGUUCACGGAAGGGAACUACGUCACGAGGCGAUUCGUGUUCGAUUCCAAUUCAACCUCAAAAUUGAGAGCCUUGGCGUCGGGCGGCGGCGGAGGGCAAAGUCAAAACAGGGGAGGAAAGCAAUCAAGCUUUCGAGAGUGGAGGUGGUGUCUUACUUCAGAUGGAAACCAAGCAUGGCGGCCUCCAAAUUUUUCGCCGGAAGGACGCCGAGGACUUCAGUCCUGGUGGAGGCGGGAACCUGUGGGGGAUGACCGACCCACCACUGUACGGGGACACGAUCGGGACGGUGGUCUAGUGGGCGAUCGCCUGGAUAGACGAGUCGGGGCAGGGGAGCUUCCAGAAUUGGCGGGGCUGCUGGGCGAUUACGUGAGAUCGCUCCAGACGGAGGAAGGAUUCGAGGCAAAGAUGAAUUGUGGAGCCUCCAGUUCUGGCGCUUUCUCUUCUGCAAGUGGGGAAAGAUUGAGAACCAAUAGCAUCAACUCGCUUCUCAAUGGGUCGACGAAUUGGGAGCACUGA